AUGAAUUUUAAUCCAAACUUUGAAGAAAUAGGAAAUGCAUUCAUCCAACAUUAUUAUUCGAAAUUCGAUGUGCAAGAUCCUGCAGCACGAAGUUCAGGUCUAAGCGAUCUUUACGAUCCAAUGAAUUCCUACAUGACAUUUGAGGGUGUACAAGUAAAGGGACGGGAUUCUAUUUUGCAGAAAUUUGCUGCCUUGCCGUUUAGGAUGAUACAACGAGCAAUAACUAAAACAGAUUGUCAACCACUACCAGACGGGUCUAUACUUGUUGCAGUUAUUGGACAGCUUAAGACGGAUGAUGAUCCAAUUCAGUCGUUCAAUCACUUUUUCGUACUUCGUCCUGCAACCGGUUCAUUUUUCAUCUCAAAUGAAAUCUUCCGUUUAGUAUUACACGAUCACUGA